UCACAGCUUCAUCAGCUCAUAUACUACCACCUUGACAACGAGAUGCUGGACACCGCAAACUUCCUGGCUGGUCGACUUCAUGCGCUCGAACCCAAAAACCCUGAUAGCUCGCAUCUGCUGGCCCUCUCCUACCUACGGUUACGACGGUUUAAAGCGGCUUACGACUUUAGCCAAAGGUAUGGCGCCAAUGGGAGGCACUUGGGAUGUGCGUUCGUCUUCGCGAAUGCCUGCUUGGACAUUGGACGGUAUCCAGAAGGCUGUGCUGCGCUGGAGAAAGCGAAGAGUCUAUGGCAUGGCAAGGUCAACUGGAAGAAGCACUCAGAGACCACGCGCCGGCAUCUGCCUGAUGCGCCGGCAGUCUACACGGUUAUGGCGAAGCUUUGGCAGGCUCAUGGCGAUCUUCGCAAGGCUGGCGAUUGCUUCAUCGAAGCACACAAGUCGAGUCCGUUCACUUGGGAGGCUUUUGAAGGUCUUUGCAAGAUUGGGGCGGACUUGAACCUGGCAAACAUGUUCAGGACGCCAGCAGACAUGGUCGCAGCAGCGGCCCAAGUCCUGACGCCCUCCGCGGACCUUUUCAACACUAGCCACGUUGUGAACGAAGCAGGACGUUUUGCUAUACCUCAUGCGAAUACUCGGUUACGGCAGCCACUCAUGGACUGGGACACGCCGACUGCGCAUGGAAGUGAGAUUUCGUCAGAGGACGUCGCUAUGGGUGGCGCCUCUGCGCGACCGAGACCGACCGCCUUGCGGAGUCACGCAUAUUCAAGCUCGGAGACCACCGUGGUCGAAGACCCAAGAAAGCCCAGCAUAGGCGGGCACAAGCGGACAAUAUCAGGUCAAGUGCCACAAUCGACCUCCGUGGUGGAUCUAUCGGCACAACCGCGAAGGAGUAAUCGGCUGUUUGGCCAAGGUGUCAGCAGUAGGGCAGCUCGGUCAGGUGUGGAAGGUGCGCCUACAGCAGGAAGGGACGACCGCGAAGCACGUGCACCUAAAGCCGCAACAGGUGUCAAAGGGCGGACGACCUCGACCGUUGGCCGCGUGGUUAGCGGCAACCGCAAGAUGCUGCCACCAGACCCGGCAAACAAAGAGAAAGAAAGACGUGCGCCCAGUCGUAACAGCGAGAAGAACGCGCCGGCUGCGCCUGGGGUGACUGCAGCGGUAGUGCCGAAGCCACAGCAGCCCACUGUCCCGGCUGGCUCCGAUGCGCAGAUCGAGCAGCAAGCCAUGGUUGCCCUGCUUGACAACAUGCGCCAGCUGGCUGUGGGCUGCCACGCCAAUGCGGUCUUCGAGCUUCCGCAAGCCAUCCAGCUCUUCAAAUCGCUGCCCAGCGCCCAACGAGAUACGCCGUGGGUGCUCGCCCAGCUUGGCAAAGCGUACUAUGAGCAAGCAGACUAUAAGAGCGCUGAAGAUUGUUUUGCUCGCCUGCUCAAGCUGCAACCUUCCCGCAUCGAAGACAUGGAGGUGUACUCCACUGUCCUCUGGCACCUGAAGGGAGACAGCAGCCUUGCCCACCUCUGCCACCUUCUUCGCGACCAAAAUUUCCACGCGCCGCAAACAUGGUGCGCAGUCGGCAACGCCUUCUCCCUCGCCCGUGAACACGAUCAAGCCAUCGCAGCCUUCAAGCGCGCAACCCAGCUCGACGAGUCCUUCGCCUACGCCUGGACGCUAAUAGGCCACGAAUACGUCGCCAAUGAAGAGUUUGACGCCGCCCUCUCGUCCUUCCGAAAAAGUGUUGCAGUGGACCGGCGCUGUUACGGCGGUUGGUACGGGCUCGGAAAAUCGUACGAACGCAUGGGCAAGCUCGAGGAAGCGGAGCGACAUUACCGCAUCGCGGCCUCCAUCAAUCCAUCCAAUCCCACCUUGCUCGUCUGCAUUGGCGUGGUGCUCGAACGUCUUCAUAGCCGCAAAGCUGCGCUUGCUAACUAUACGAGAGCGCUGGAGAUUGCGCCGAGCUCGGCGCUGGCGCGGUUUAAGAAGGCGAGGGUGCUAAUGCACAUGCGGUAUUUCUCUGAAGCUUUGGUUGAGUUGGAGUUGCUCCGAGAUCAGGCGCCGGAUGAGGCGAAUGUUUGGUUCCUGCUUGGGAAGUGCUACAAGGGUCUCGGUGACAAGAGCGAGGCGUUGAGGGCACUGACCACAGCGCUGAAUCUGGACGUUAAGGCGGCGCCUUUCAUCAAAGAGGCAAUGGAGGCACUUGACGAUGAUGAUGAG